GCACUUUCCUUUCGCACGUGCCAACCCACCUCCUCGGCUCCUCCACCUCCAUCCCUCACUGUUUUCAGAUUCCCCCCUGCAGUUCCAUUCCCGUACAAAAAGCAAAUCACAAACCUAACAACCCACCCGCCUCUCAAUGCUCACCCCCACACGGACCCCAUCCCGACUAUACCUUCCCCGCCUUCCCGAUCACGUCCCCCUUGGCCCCGACCCGUUUCCGGCACUUCUUUAAAGCUUCUAGAAGUCGAAAAUGGAGUCGAUACUGGCCCGGGCGCUGGAGUACACUCUUAAGUACUGGCUCAAAUCCUUCUCCAGAGAUCAGUUCAAGUUGCAGGGCCGGACCGUACAGCUCUCCAAUUUGGAUAUAGAUGGCGACGCUUUGCACUCGAGCGUCGGAUUUCCGCCGGCGCUGAAUGUGACGACGGCGAAGGUCAGAAAAUUGGAGAUAAUGCUGCCGUCAGUAAGUAAUGUUCAAGUCGAGCCAAUUGUUGUGCAAAUUGAUAGGCUUGAUUUGGUUCUAGAGGAGAACUCUAAUUUAGAUGCAUCUAGGAGUCCGAGCAGUACACCGACAUCGGCUAGCUCUGGGAAGGGAAGUGGUUAUGGAUUUGCUGAUAAGAUUGCAGAUGGAAUGACUAUAGAGAUUCACACUGUCAAUCUUCUCCUUGAAACUCGUGGUUGUGACCAAGGUCAAGGAGGAGCUACGUGGGCACCACCUUUGGCAUCUAUCACUAUACGCAACCUUUUGUUGUAUACCACAGAUGAAAACUGGCAGGUUGUAAAUCUUAAAGAAGCGCGGGACUUCUCCAGUAACAAAAAGUACAUAUACGUAUUCAAAAAACUUGAAUGGGAAUCUUUGUCUAUUGAUCUCCUGCCUCAUCCUGAUAUGUUCAUGGAUGCCAAUUUAGCCUGCUCCCGAGAGGGAGGAAACCAGAGAGAUGAUGAUGGCGCAAAGCGAGUUUUCUUUGGUGGAGAGCGCUUUAUAGAAGGAAUAUCAGGACAAGCAUAUAUUACCGUGCAAAGGACUGAACUAAACAGUCCACUUGGGCUUGAGGUUCAGUUACAUAUUACCGAAGCUGUUUGUCCUGCUUUAAGUGAACCAGGACUACGCGCGCUUCUACGUUUCUUGACGGGAUUAUAUGUCUGUUUAAAUAGAGGGGAUGUUGAUCCAAAGGCUCAACAGCGAUCUACUGAAGCAGCAGGGCGCUCUCUAGUCUCUAUUGUUGUGGACCACAUAUUUCUCUGCAUUAAAGAUGCUGAGUUCCAGCUCGAACUUUUGAUGCAGUCGCUCCUAUUUUCACGGGCCAGUGUUUCUGAUGGAGAAAAUGAUGAUAUCUUGUCUAGGGUCAUGAUUGGUGGAAUAUUCUUAAGGGAUACGUUUACACGACCUCCAUGCACCUUAGUUCAACCAUCUAUGCAAAGUGUCACAAAAGAUCUUCUACACACUCCUGAAUUUGCUAGGAGUUUUUGCCCUCCCAUAUAUCCUCUGGGAGAACAGCAGUGGCAGUUGAUUGAUGGUGUUCCUAUCGUAUGUCUACAUUCUCUUCAGAUCAAGCCCUCUCCAGUUCCACCAUCUUUUGCUUCACAAACAGUUGUAGAGUGUCAACCUCUGAUGAUUCAUCUUCAAGAAGAAUCCUGUUUGAGGAUAUGUUCCUUCCUAGCUGAUGGGAUUGUCGUCAAUCCUGGUGCUGUUUUACCAAAAUUUUCAGUAAAUUCUUUCAUUUUGACUCUGAAGGAAUUAGAUCUUACUGUUCCUUUGGACAUGGGCAAAUUGAACAAUACUGUAAGUAACACGAACAGUGGUGUUCAGAGCUCAUUUUCUGGAGCAAGGCUUCAAAUUGAGAGCUUGAUCUUUUCAGAAUCGCCUUCAUUAAAACUAAGGCUACUGAACCUGGAGAAGGAUCCUGCUUGCUUCUGUUUUUGGGAAGAUCAACCGAUUGAUGCUAGCCAAAAGAAGUGGACCACUAAAGCAUCCCACCUUAGUUUGUCCUUAGAAACAUGUACUGGCUUAAGCAGACUUCAAAAUUCUCUUGACUGGAGUUCAGGCUUGUGGAGAUGUGUCGAGCUGAAAGAUGUGUGCAUUGAAGUGGCUAUGGCAACUGCUGAUGGGAGCCCAUUAGCAGAUAUUCCUCCUCCAGGGGGUAUUGUUAGGGUUGGGGUUGCUUGUCAGCAAUAUACAUCUAAUACUUCAGUUGAACAGCUGUUUUUUAUCCUGGAUCUUUAUGUGUACUUUGGAAGAGUGAGUGACAAGAUAGCGUUUGUUGGAAAAAGUAACAGACCAAAGCGAAGUAGGAAUGAAUCAUCUGGUGGAAGGCUGAUGGAUAAGGUUCCAAGUGAUACCGCUGUAAGUUUAGAAGUGAAGGAUCUUCAGCUUAGAUUUCUGGAGUCUUCUGCAGCGAAUGUUCAGGGAAUGCCUUUAGUCCAGUUUCUUGGGGAUAAUCUGUUUAUCAAAGUUACACAUAGAACUCUUGGUGGUGCCAUUGUUGUUUCAUCCACAUUAUGUUGGGAGAGUGUUCAAGUGGACUGUGUAGAUACUGAGGGAAAGCUGGUACAUGGAAAUGGGUCGGCGUUAACUAAUGUUGAAGAUGCUCCUUUGAUUAGUGGAAAUGGAUACCCUCAACUAAGAGCUGUAUUUUGGGUACAGAACAAAAGGAGCCUUUAUUCAAAGGGAAAUGCUUUGGCAGUUCCAUUUCUGGACAUAAGCAUGGUGCAUGUAAUUCCGUUAGAUGAACGAGAUGUUGAGUGUCAUAGUUUGAAUGUGUCAGCAUGUAUAUCUGGUGUUCGCCUUGGUGGAGGAAUGAACUAUGCUGAAGCCUUGCUACAUCGGUUUGGAAUACUUGGUCCCGAUGGUGGUCCUGGGAAGGGGCUUUCUAAAGGGUUAGAAAACUUACGAGCAGGGCCAUUUUCAAAACUUUUUGAAACAUCACCUCUCAUUGUUAACAACCUGGAUGGAGAUGGAAAUUUAGGAGAUGGGAAAGAAAGUAGCUUUCUGCAGUUGGGAAAACCCGAUGAUGUUGAUGUAACUAUAGAAUUGAAGGACUGGUUAUUUGCUCUAGAAGGAGAACAGGAGAUGGCAGAAAGUUGGUGGUUUCAUAAUCAUGAGGAUGUCCGUAGAGAAGAGAGAUGUUGGCACACAACUUUUCAGAGUCUGCAGGUGAAAACAAAAGGUAGUCCAAAGCACAAACUGAAUGGCAAAGGAAGGUCAGAGGAAAGGCAGAAAUAUCCUUUGGAAUUGGUCACGGUUAGUGUGGAAGGCUUACAGACUUUAAAGCCUCUGGGCCAAAAGGGCAUUUAUCGAUCUUCCUCCUUACCUGCAAACGGUAUUAAAGAAACUGCAGAGACAUUCGGAGGGAUAAAUCUUGAACUUGGCUUGGUGAUAGCUGAGGACUUUGUUGAUGGUGAACUAGCCAAGUGGGAGGUGGAAGACUUGAAAUUCUCUGUUAAGCAACCGGUUGAGGCAGUUGUUACCAAGGAUGAGUUGCAACAUCUUGCUUUUCUGUGCAAGUCUGAAGUUGACUCAAUGGGUCGAAUAGCUGCUGGAAUUUUGCGGUUACUGAAGCUGGAAGGUUCUAUUGGCCAGGCAGCAAUAGAUCAACUAAGUAACCUCGGAAGUGAUGGUAUUGACAAAAUUUUCUCUCCAAAGCACAGCACCGGCAGUAGUGCUGGCAGUAUCGGGCUAUCUCCAUCACCGCAUCUGAUCAGCGAAAGCCCUCAUACAACCCUUGAAGCAACCUUGGCUUCACUAGAGGAUGCAGUUACAGAUUCACAGGCCAAGUGUGCUACUCUUACUGCUGAUGUAGAUGGUUCAGAAUCUUCAUCAAUACAGGAUCUCGAGACUGUUAAACAACUUGGUCAGACACUUGAAAGCAUGCAAAGUUUAUUGGCAAGGUUAAGAACUCAAAUUUAGUUGUUUGGAUUAUCUUCUGCCGGUUUGGCUGUUAUAUCUUGGGAUAAAGGUAUCCCACCCAUAUAAUUACCCCAUUCUUUCUUGUAUAUAACAUAUAUACAAAUGUGUGUUUGAGAGUAUGCACUAGUCAGCAGGCAGGUAAGAAAGCUGUUCAUUGGUGUAAUGAGAAAUUUUGUAUCCAAGGAUAAGUUGCAGUUGUUUCAAUAUCAAUUUUUGUAGAAUAUGCCGUAAUUCCACCCCAUCAGUUGUGGCACCCCAAAUUAUGUUGGUAAAAAGACGCCGAUGUUACCCU